AUGGAUCUUACAACGCUAUUUUACAAUCUUCGAGAAGAAGUGUCUUGUUCGGUGUGUUCGGACUUAUUUACAGAUCCUAAACAUCUCUCCUGUCUGCACAGUUUCUGCUUAAAGUGUCUGAAUCGAUGGCACGAAACGUGCGGCGGCGGAGAGGCCAUUAAAUGCCCGAAGUGCCAAACCCUAAGCAGAGUGCCUGCGAGCGGUGAUCUAAAAGAUCUUCCAACUAGCUUCUAUUUGAACGGCUUGAUCGAUGUUCUUGCUAUUAAAGAAUGCAAAAAGACUCAAGUGACAUGCGGAAAUUGCGAGAAGAAGUGCUCGGAAGCUUCGUAUUGUUUCCAGUGUUGCAUAUUUUAUUGCGAGCAUUGCUUAAUAUGUCAUAAUACCAUGCGAGACAAAAAGGAACACCGCGUAUUGGCUUUAAAGCAGUUCCAAGACAGGGACUACGAGGAUGUAUUGAAGCGACCGGUGUUUUGUUCAAAAGAAGGACACCAGAAAGAAGAGCUCAAAUACUUCUGCAAAGAAUGCGAGACAGCUCUUUGCCAAACUUGCGUCAUUUUGGAUCACGGAGGUCAUGUUUUGAAAUUAAUCGAGGAAGAAUCGAAAAACAAAGCGCUCGAAAUAAAAUCUAUCCUUCAAACGCAAAGAGAAGAGUUAGAUGCGAAACUGAACGUAAUUACUCAACUAGAUGAAGACUGUGCUAAAGUGAUUCAGCAAAGUGAAAUCACAAAGAGAGAUGUCCAGAGGUUUGCUGAUGGCUUGAUCAAAACAAUUCAAGCAAAAAUGAAAAGUAUCAUUACCGCGGUGGAAAGCCAAACCAAGAAAUCACUUGAAAGAAUAAAAGCAAAAAGAAGCGAGAUUCAGCAACAGAUAAAUGUCACUAAAUCAUCAUUGGAGGAAGCUGAUAAACUUUUAAAAGGAAGUACCUCGGCGGAAGUUGUUCAACUCAAAAAAUCAUUGCAGACAAUUUUUCAUAGAUCAAAUCAAACCGAGCGUAUUGUUCAGGACCCCAGUAGUCUGCAAACUUUUCUCUUCGUGGAAAAUCAGAAGAUGCUUGAUAUCGCCAACGAGGAAGAAAUUGGAUUCUUGAGAGAACCUUCUCAAACGAAAGCAAGUGAAUCUCUGGCUGAAGGUGAAGGACUGAAAGAAGGAUAUGUAGCACGUAAAGCUCUACUCACAUUGAUCACAAGAAACGCGGAGAGAAGACAGUGGUAUGAUAAACACGACCGUGUCACGGUAGAGAUCAAGAACGAACAAGAACGACAAUGGGUGACGAAAGUUAGAAUAGAUGAUAACAAAGAUGGGACCUACAAAAUCACUUAUUAUCCCAGAGUUCAAGGGACAUUCAAAUUAUUAGUUAAGGUAAACGGGGAACAUAUUUCUUGUAGUCCAUUUACUGUGAUCUUAAAACCAUUUCAAGUCAAACCUGUUUUAUCUUUUGGAAAGCAUGGCUGGGGUGAAGGAAUGUUUACGUCUCCUUAUGGGGUGGCUGUAAGUGACAGGGAUGAAAUAUUAGUAGUUGACGGCAAUAACCAUCGGGUUCAAGUGUUUGACAGUAAUGGUACUUUUUUAAGAUCCUUUGGUCGUAUAGGUGAAAAUGCUGGAGAGUUCAACUGCCCUAUUGGAAUAGCCAUUGAUAAGGAUAGAAAAAUUUUCGUAGCAGAUUGUAAAAACCAUAGAGUACAGAUCUUUAGUUGGGAGGGGAGACACCUGGGUUCAUUUGGCGGCAAAGGAAGCCUUGAUAGUCAGUUCCUUUACCCUUGGGGUAUAUCCUUAGAUAGUAAUAAUAAUGUCAUUGUGGCUGAUUCAGAUAACAAACUGAUUAAGAUCUUUACCCCGGAUGGAAAGUUUAUAAUGAAGAUAGGUGGGCCGGGAUCUUUUGGUUUUCCUUUUCACUGUGUUCAGUGUGGUGAAUAUUUCAUAGUGUCAGACUCAUAUGAAUACUGUAUCAAAGUAUUUAAUAGGGAGGGGCAUUUUCAGUACAAGUUUGGUAAGCAGGGGGACGGGGACGGGGAGUUUAAGUAUCCACGUUUUCUGUCAGUGACUCAGUCAAAGCACCUGUUGGUUUGUGAUAUGGGUAAUCAUAGAAUACAAGUCUUUGAAAUAGAUGGGAGGUUUGUCGGAAAACUGGGAACAAAUGGCAGCAAAUCAGGAGAAUUUAAUUAUCCAUUCUCGGUAGCUGUUCUA